AUGUCGACUCAACCCACUGCUGCAAUGUCGUCCGAAUCACUGCACGAUGAGGAAAAGCAAUCCCCGAGUGACGCCAAACUGGCCACCGAGCCAGUAGAAUACCCUCCAGUGGCCAAGCGCAUCCUAAUCAUGGUUGCGCUAUAUCUCACCAUGUUCCUCAUUACUCUCGACCAAAACAUCAUUGCGACUGCAAUCCCUCGCAUCACCGACGAAUUUCAUUCCAUCGACGAUAUUGGCUGGUACGGCAGUGCCUACCUCCUUACAACUUGCAGCUUUCAGCUCCUCAUGGGCAAAAUCUACAAGCAUUAUCCAGUAAAACCCUUAUUCCUCGCGGGUGUCUUCCUCUUUGAAGUCGGCUCUGCAAUCUGUGGCGCUGCACCGAAUUCCACUGCCUUCAUCGUUGGCCGUGCUGUUGCUGGCUUGGGUGCUUCAGGUCUAUUUUCCGGCGUCAUGGUCAUCAUGUUCUACACAAUCCCUCUUCAGCAGAGACCGCUUUGGCAGGGCGCCGCAGGAGCCUUGUUCGCCGUCGCCUCUGUCAUUGGACCAGUCGUCGGUGGAGCAUUUACCGAUAACAUUACCUGGCGAUGGUGCUUCUACCUCAAUCUUCCCAUCGGAGGCGUCUCUAUUAUUGUUUCGAUAUUCCUUAUUCAUCUGCCGAACCAGAAGCUUGAGUCUCCCGCGAAAAGCUUUUUGGGUAAAAUCCAGCAGCUUGAUCCCAUUGGCAAUCUCGCUUUCUUCCCUGGAGUCAUCUGCCUCAUCUUCGCCUUGCAGUGGGGUGGGACGCGCUAUGCUUGGAGCAAUGGCAAGAUCAUUGCCCUUCUUAUCGUAUGCAUUGUCCUUGUCGCCGUCUUCAUCGGCAUCCAGGUCUGGAAAAAAGAAGAGGCGACUGUGCCGCCUCGCAUCAUCACCCAGCGCAGCAUCGCCUCUGCCAUGUUCUUCUGCUUCUUCAAUGGUGCUGGUAUGAUGGUACUUAUGUACUAUCUUCCUAUUUGGUUCCAAGCAGUCAAAGGUGCUUCAGCUGUGCAUUCCGGCCUCAUGUUGUUGCCCACUGUCCUGUCAGUGGUUGUAGCAUCCAUUGCCUCUGGCAUCAUUAUCUCCCGCGUCGGCUACUACGCGCCCUUUUAUAUUGCCAGCUCUGUCUUGACACCCAUCGGAGCCGGUCUUAUGUGCACCUUUACCCCUUUGACAAGUAAAGGAAUGUGGAUUGGUUCGCAGAUUCUCUUAGGCUUCGGUUUUGGCCUCGGUGCACAGCAGCACAUGAACGUCGUGCAAACUGUUCUGGAGCGCUCCGACAUAGCCGUGGGCUCUGCCGUGGUUAUGUUUGUGCGUUUCCUUGGCUCUGCGGUCUUUAUUCCCAUUGCGCAGAACAUUUUUCUCCAAGAUCUCAUCUCAAAAUUGACGGCGCUUCCUGGAGUUGAUGCCGAGAAGAUUGUCAAGGGCGGUGCCACUGAGCUACGAUCGUUGGUGUCCGGUCAUGAGCUCGAACAGCUUCUCACUUAUUACAAUGCGUCCAUUGUCAGGGUAUUUUAUAUUGUGGUUGGCACCUGCGCUGUCACCAUCUUUGCGAGUGUCUGUGUGGAGUGGCGCAGUCUGAAGGCCAAAGCCAAAGACGAAGCUGAAGCUGGGAAGCCAGUUUCCAAGUAA